GCUAAUCUAUCGCUAAUCUGAAUCUUUCUUCUUCCUUCUUUUCGUAAAGCUCUUUCGUCACUUCAACUCACCAUUCGGCGCCAUGGGAGGUAGUAGCAAUAACACCGCCGCAUUAGCUGCAGCACACUGCCCCACGCCGUUCACCUUUCCCUUCACACCGUUCGGUCUGAGUUUGUUCGACAUCGAUCCGUCCAGAAUUUUGGGUAUGCUGCGUCACCAGACUUGGCUGGCCGAGGAGGCGCUGAAAAAUCGCACCUUGUUGAACACAUCUAAGGACUUUGCCCACCGUUUCAAUCCCAUUGGUGAGUUGUUCGCCAAGGAUUUCCAUCCGAAUCAUUUGAAUGUUAAUACUGCCGAUUUGCUUGCUGGCGUAGCUGGUGUGCCCAAUAAUCAGGCGAGCGCUGCUAGCCCAGCCAAGCAAACAAUAUCACCGGGCGAGCAACAACAGCAAACGCGACCACAGCAACAGACCGAGCGUCCGCAACAGCAACAGUACAAACAACAGCAACAGCAGCCACAAACAUUCAAUGUGCGUUACCCUUCGCCCGCCGCUUUUUUCCAUCAUCAACAACAGCAGCAACAACAGCAACAUCUGAAGCAAAUGUCAAGCCGUCAAGGCACACCAUCACCUCACGCUACAGCCAGCUCAACACAAACGAAAGCAGAUGCCACGCCCACACGUCACAGCGACUUAGCGGACGCUGAUUCCAUCAUAGAGCUCACCACUCACGACGAAGCACGCGAUAGUGGUCGUGAGAGCGCUGUACAUACGCCCAACAACAGCAGCGGUGGCACGUCUAGUGGCCUCGGCACCUCGACAAGCGCUACGAGCAGCGUUGCACUGAGCAGCACCACCUGCUCGCCACUACUCUAUAAGGAGUCACUCGAACAACUGUUGCAACGUCGUCGUUCCGGCUCCUCGCUCGGUGGCGCCAGCGACAGCUUGCGUCCAUACUCACAAUUGUUUCUCUCCUCGAGUACACCCGGUUGCACCGACACGUCUAGCUGUAAGGAGAAAAGCUCCUCAUCUUCUACCUCAUCAACACCACCACCCACCUCAACGUUGUUGGCCCAACAUCAGUUGCUGAGCCAACGACUGAAUAGCCCAUCGGAGACGUCGUCACUUUUUGGCGAACCCAUCGAAGAGGAGACACGUUGUGUUGUCUGCAAUGCACACUUUCCGAAUGUGUGGCUAUUGGAGCAGCAUGCAGCACUCCAACAUCCACACAUCGGACCAGGCGAGGAGAAACCGUUUAUUUGUGAGCAGUGCGGCCAAUCGUAUCGUUAUCGUUCUGCUUACGCUAAGCAUAAGGAGCAAAAUCAUCGCGCUCGCUUGCCGGCCGACAAACUCUUCACGUGCGACGUUUGUGGCAUGCAAUUCCGUUAUUUGAAAUCAUUCAAAAAGCAUCGCCUCAAUCACGCGUUGGAGCGCUUGCACGGCAAGAAGAGCGUGAUGGCUAAGCAUUGCAUCGGACCAAUGCAUCCCAUGUUGGGCGAACAGGACGUGGUGACGAGUUCUCAAGAGCCAAUGCCAGCCGAUGAGGGUGGUGAGGAUUUGCGCAUCAAUGUGAAACGAGAACAGGACGACGACGAGCGUGAGCAGCGUGACCGUGAAGAUCAGGACUGUACCAUUGACUCGGCUGGCAUGAUAAUGUGCAAAGACAACAACUCGUCGUUGACUAUGGCCACAGCUAGUGUUGUCGAAUCGAGCAUAAGCAGCUCAGAUGGAAUUCAUAGUACAAAUAAGGGGCCACGCCUUCUUAACACACCACAAAUGGAAACGGAUCCCUCCUAUCAUCAUUUACAACGCCAUCCACAGCAUCCACAUCCACAUCAUGUGCAGCAAACACAUCAACAGCAACAGCAACAACAGCCGUUACCACCACAUUUGCACGGCAAUGUGGCUGGUACAUCAUUGCCACCACAUCCACAUCAACAUCCACAUGCAGCUUUGCCACAUACACAUCAUCCCCACGCUCACCAUGCGCAUCAUGCUGCCGCCUCAACACUGAACUCGUUAAACUCACUCAACUCAAUUACGUCGUUGAUCAAUGCCGAACGCAUACCGAACGAACAAUUCCUGGGCCUCAACCCACAAGAGGCUUCAAUACUCAACUUUUUGCGUGUCGAUGCUGCGGAGCGUCAGCGAGAUAAGCGCCCACAAACCUCACGUUUUGCCUGCCCCUUCUGCGGCAAAUGCGUACGCUCCAAGGAGAAUCUAAAACUGCAUGUACGCAAACACACCGGCGAACGACCCUUCGUGUGCCUCUUCUGUGGACGUGCCUUCGGUGGCAAAUCGGAUCUCACACGUCAUCUGCGCAUACACACCGGCGAACGGCCGUAUCACUGCGAAUCCUGCGGCAAGUGUUUCGCUCGCGCCGAUUAUCUAUCCAAACAUCUAACCACACACAUACACAAUGCACCACGCUGAGAUGAGGUGCGAAGGAGACAACGACUCCUUCGCAGAUAAUAGAAUGAACCGGCAAGGGAGGAGUUCAUGUUGGAGCGUUGUUGGUGGUGGUAUUGCUAUGUGGCAGCCAAUGCAGCCGCCGCCGUCACUGCCACUGCCACUGCCACAACCGCAACAACAACGACGACAACAAUGGAAAGCUGUGCUAUCGAACAACAACAAGAUGAUGCUGCGCAGC